AGGAACACAGCGAACGGACAAGGAUGGAGAAGUUUCUGCUGUUUGUCAUUGCUGCAUCAGCGCUGCUUGGCAUCUCCUCUUUCGCUGAAUGUGCGUUUUAUUUUGUUUAUGACCAGAAGACCUGGACCGAAGCUCAGAGUUACUGCGAAGAAAAGUUUAAUGGCCUGGCCCCUAUUAACAACAUGGAGGAUGUGGAGAUCCUGAACAACCACGGGAAUUUGAGCAAAAUGCUUGCACUGGACGGCAACAACCUCGCCUGGAUUGGGCUGCGCAAAGACAUGUCCAUCUUUGUUUGGUCCGACAUAGAGUUCUAUGAAGAUGAUAAUACAAUGUUCAGAAACUGGAAAUCUGGAGAACCAAACAACUUCCAUGGUAUUGAAAGCUGUGUAAUAAUGCGGGAUGAUGGGCUGUGGAAUGAUUACCCGUGUGACUCUACCUUGAACUCAGUCUGCUAUGAGAGAGUUUCAGGGUCAACAGUGAAUUUUGUCUUCAUCGAUCAAAAAAUGAACUUCACAGAGGCUCAGACCUUCUGUAGAGAACAAUACACAGACCUGGUCAGCAUCACUACUUCAUCUGACAACGAGAAGAUAAAGCAGCUGUUACCUCCAGGUUCCCCUGCCUGGAUCGGACUUUUCAGAGGCUACUGGGAGCUGCUGAAUGGAUCCAAGUCCACAUUCAUGUACUGGUCAGAGUGGCAACCUGACACAGAGAAGAACUGUUCGGCAGCCAACUUUCAAAACUCUGGAAAAUGGGAGUAUUCGAACUGUGACACCAGGAUGUCCUUCAUUUGCAACACGCCUGUUUUAAAGCAAGUGGUGAGAGUGAAGUUGGCGAGAAGCUCCUCUCUGGAUCUCAAUGACCCUGCUGUGCUGGAAGACUUGCUGAAGAAGCUCAAGCAGAAGCUGAAGGACCAGGGAGUGAGUGAAGACUUCAGCCUGAGCUGGAGGAAGCAGCCAGAUGGGAAGAUCUUCUACAAGGAGGAGGAGGAAGCGAUGAAGACCACUUCAUAAUAAGAGGAGCUUUAAAUGAUAGAUGUGCUUCUAGUAAGGAAUGACUUCUAAUAGAAUAGAGAUGAAUGCUGUAACUGUCAUGUUCUGUAGAUUCUGGUUCUGUUGGGUUUAGUUCCUGUUUAACUUCUGUUUCUGGGCUUGUUUUAAUCCCUCAGUGUGUUACUUGGUUUGCUGUUUAACUUGGUUUCUGGUCUAGUUAACAUUGGUUAGUCAUGUGUUAUUACUUCCCGUUAUGACUGGUAAUCCAUGGAGAAGGAUUAAGGGAAAGUCUCGCUUAUCUCAAUAAGUCUGGAUCAUCAAAGUGAGAGUUCACUUCCAUCGUUGUGGCUUAUAUGAGUCACAGCUGAGUUACCAUGGUAACUAGUGCUGGAGACUCAGUCUGCUCCGGACCAGGACAGCUUUGCAGCUCAUUCAAGUCUCGCCUUAAAGAAUGUCAGACUGUUCUAAACUGGACUCCCAAAAGAGUUUUCCUAUAAAUUCCCCCUAAUGCUGCUCAUGUCAUGUAAUAAAAUAGUAAUAAAAUCUAUUAAAAUCAGA